AUGGAUAAUGAUAUUUCGAAACGAGAACUGGAGAAGGUGAUGUUCAAACACCGGGUCCGAAUUCUUAGCAUAAUGAUAGCAGACACCAAAAGAACGAUUGCGAACCUCAAAAAAGUCAAACAAAACGUGAACCAAAAAUUAGAGGAAAAGUUCGAACAAAGUGAUGCACAGAGAGUACGGAAAAUGGCGGAGGAGAAAGCACUAGCAGUGUACAGCAAGGUGAGAGAAAGAGAGGUUAGAAAGUUGGCCAGGUUGAAGGCAACAAGUAUCAUGGAGAUGAACACAGAAGCGGAAUGGAUAGAGAACACAACAAAAACGGAGAUUCCGGACUACGUAGAACGCACACUGAUGCUGGGCCCAAACUUCAACAUCGAGAACAGACGAGACGUUCCGUAUAUCGAGCUGAUAGCAAGCAUCGAAAAAGUUAUCCAGAACAAAGAAAAUGCAGACGAGAUCAGGUCGGAAGUUUCCAACGCUAUGAUCAAUCACAUUAAUUACCGCCACCAACCCCACCACCCUCCGGGAGAAUGGAUCGAGAAAGAGGUUAUCAAAAGUAAGAAGUUUAUAAAGGCAAACCCGAACCUGGUCAUCACGAAAGCUGACAAAGGUAGCAAAACAGUAAUUAUGGAGGCUGAUGAGUACCACGAAAAAAUGGUUAACCUGCUCACGGACGAGAACACUUUCAUCGACCGAUGGCACAGCAAAGGAUACAUCGGCUUUCGGACACAAAAGAGCCUGAAGGAAUCCAGUUGCAAUCCACCACGCAUUUACGGAUUACCGAAAAUACAUAAAGACAACCGACCCCUCCGGCCGGUGGUGUCCACGAUUGGAUCGGCAACAUAUAACAUUGCCAGAUAUCUUGCCGGAAUAAUUGCCAAGGUGGUAGGAAAAACGGAUUACCACGUCCGUAAUAGUUUUGAUUUUGCCGAGGAGAUAGCAGGAGUCCAGACGAGUGAAGGAGAAGUUCUGUUUUCAUUGGACGUGGUCUCCCUAUACACCAACGUACCAGUGGACUACGCAUUGGGAUGCUUGGAGGAAAGAUGGGGAGAAGUGGAACACCAUACGAAGAUCGACAAGAAGAGCUUCGUCGAAGCAGUGAAAAUAGUGCUUGAGUCAACCUUCUUCGUGUAUCAGGGAACCAUGUAUGGACAGACCUUCGGUGUACCCAUGGGCUCGCCGUUAUCACCAGUGAUUGCCAACGUAGUCAUGGAAAAACUGGAGCAGGAGUGCAUAAGGAAACUGGAGGCCAAUCAAAUACAAAUGAAAGUUUAUAAACGGUACGUAGAUGAUUGCAUGUGUGUGGCAGGUGUUGAACACAUUCAGAUGAUCGUAGACACGUUCAACAGUUUUCACGAUCGUUUGCAGUUCACGGUGGAAAUGGAGGUGGAGGGUAAAAUUAAAUUCCUGGACAUGACACUAGAGCGCGAAAACGAUCGAAUCAUGACAGCAUGGCUACCGAAACAGCAGAUUGGACGGUAUCUAGAUUAUACAUCCAAGAGCCCCUUCCAACACAAACAUAACACGGCGAUCGCACUUUUUGAUCGGGCUAUAAAGUUGUCCUGUGGGGGAAAACGAAGGGAGGCCCUCAAUCAUGCAAGUGAAAUUUUAAGGAAAAAUAACUAUCCAUCAUGGUUUACCGAUAGAGUAAAAAAGGACAGAAUACACAAACACUAUAACACAUUGGAAACACAAAACAGAACAACACAGCCACCAAAAUACAUAUCAGUCCCCUACAUACCGUGUCUGAGUGAGAAAAUUAGAAAAAUAUUGCGACGUCAUGAUAUGACUCUAGCCUCACGACCGCAAAACAAGAUCAAACAUAAAAUCUUUAGCAAAAUGAAAGAUCGAAUACCACCAGGCAAACAGAAGAACGUGGUAUACUCUGUACCAUGUGGAACGAACGACGGUAAAACGUACAUCGGUCAGACGAAACGCAUGCUGGAGGUGAGGAUAGCGGAACACAAGAACGACUGUAGGAAUAAGAAUCCGAAAUCUGGACUAGCCACACACACAAUAGAGGAAGGACAUGUGUUCGAUUUCGACAACACCGCAAUUCUAGAACGCAUAGACGACCCGGCAACCAGGAUGAUUGCAGAGGUAUUUCACAUCAAGAAGGAAGGCGAAAUGCGAACGGUUAACCUACAGCGUGAGUGUGGCAAUUUCAACACCACCUACAACGGACUAUUGGCUCCGUUAAGGAGAGAGCCGAAAACGCGAACACGAACGAAUGCUACCGAUGAUGAAGUGGGCAACAUAGGGGUUGAGCAGGGAAAUUUCUUGUUAGUAUAG